AUGACAGGUGCUCACUACUCCACUUGCACAGGCGAGAGGGACCCUGAAGACGGUAGCUGGCCAGUGUCCCACAUCUCCCUGCUUGGAAAAGAAGUACAGGAGCUCGAUCUUUCUGAGGACGAGCUAUACCCCGACGCGGAAGAACAACUCGAAGAAUACUUGCAGAAACUCCAAGAUCGCUCAGGUGGCGGUCCUUCCGCGGAGCCAUCUUCAAAAUAG